AUGAGGCACAGCAGUUCCGUAGCAAAUCUGCAUGACAAGCAACCUCACCACCACUCCACAUCGAAGAUGAAGCUCUGCAAGAGCGCCCCCGAUCUCCUGAAGAAGGCCGUGACGUCGAUCAAGAGCAAGACUGACGCUCUAAGAACAAAGCUCAUCAUCCUGGCCUCGCUGCGCCGAAGGAUGGCGGUGGUCGCCGCCAUGUCUCGCAAGGUCCACACACUCGUGUCGUCGUCGAACCAGGAGAAGAUUAUGGCGGACCACCUUGACAGGGCUCUCGUGCUAAGCAAGGCAAUGGCGCCAAGCAAAGAGCCUGCCGCUGGUGAUCACGGUGGUAAGAAGGCUGGUCUUAGUCUCUUUGAGAUCGCAGUGUUCGACGAGGAUGAUCGUCAUGGCUACCAUGAUUGGACAAGUUCCCUCUUCGACGAUGACAAUUAUCAUUGCAAUGAUGAGGAAGAUGUACAGGAAGGUGGUGGUGAUGUCGAUGUUCUUGAUGUGCUCGAUGAGCCAUCGGUCAUCGAGGUCAUCAGGAGCAACCGGGAGGCUGAAGGUCUGACGUUCAAUAUAGACGAUGAGAUUGACGAGGCUUGUGAUAUGUUCAUUAGGAGAUGUCGCAACCGGAUGGACCUUACCUUGUAG